UGUGUGUUCGUCCAGAGUUGCAUUGCCAUUGAAUACACGCUUAGAGUCUGUGUGGUACAACAUACACAGGAGACUUCGUGUAUGUUUGAGUGACAUGCCCACAUAGUAGUGACCCCGACGUGAUCUCAAACGGUCGGUCGGCCCGACGUGAUCUCAAACGGUUGGUCGGCCCGACGUGAUCUCGGUCUGCACACUUCUUAUUCUACCCUCACAAGAUAAAUAUAUGAAAGUGCUAAACCAAUGCAGCUCUGUGACUUAGCGAACUUGUGCGAGUGCUGAGCACACCUUUCUUUUGUUCAUGUACAUAUAGAUUUAAGCAGCGAAAGACAUUGCAAACAAAGACUUUAAAAAAAAACGAUCUCAGCGAAGUGAGUGACAGGGCCUCGUGAGAAGUGCGGAACUCUCGGCCUUCCUUCCUCCUCUGAUUCUCUUUUUCUUUUCUUUGUCUUUUCUCGCGUGUGUCAAAACGAGUGAGUGAGUGAGUGCAAUGUUGCACUCCCCUGUGCGUGGUACGAGUGACAGCUCCAGCACCGCGAUGACGUCGCGUGGCGGUGUUCCACCUGCAGAGCAUGCCCCUCGGCAUGGAGAUGGCAACCAGGAUGCCAGUAUCGACCGGAACGUCAGUGAGUUCCGAGGUAGAGCUCCUCCACUGCAACCUCCACAGAUGGGCACUGAGCCAUUCGGCGAGCCGACCAUUGAGUCUGUCACCACGUGCAGAGUGCCACCUUUUUGGAAGCAGCAGCCGGCUUUGUGGUUUGCGCAAAUCGAGUCACUUUUCCAGAUCUAUCGAGUCCGAUCUGAUGACAGCAGGUACCAUCUUGUCAUUGGUGCACUUGACUCGAAGGCGAUUCAAGAGAUUGCAGACAUUCUCGCCACACCACCAGAGAUCGACAAGUACGUCACGCUCAAGACGCAGCUACUUGCCCGUUUCGCUGACUCGGCGAACAAACAGCUCCAUCGCCUGCUCACGGAUCUGGAGCUUGGAGGCCGGAAGCCGUCACAGCUCCUUCGUCACAUGAAGACGCUCGCCGGCAGCCGAGUAUCGGAGGAUGUGCUCCGAGUCCGCUGGUUGGCACUCCUGCCACCAGCCGUACAGCGAGUCCUAAAGAUCCUGCGGACAACCAGCCUCGAUGAACUCUCAUCGGUAGCAGACGACCUCAUGGAGGGCACCUUCACACCACAGGUCCUCGCAGUCACUACACCGCAAGCUCCUUCACCAGUUCGAGGCAGUCCAGCUCUUGCAGCCAGUAACCAGGACAUUCACCAGUUGCAGGAGGCGGUGACGACGAUGCAGCAGACAGUCUGUCAUCUCACGACUUUGUUUGAACGUCUUUUGCCUCGGGUAUGGUCCACCAGGGACAAACUACUUAUACGGGACGGCCGCGUUCCAGGUCGCGCCCCCGUAGCAGCCCAACUCGACAGAGAGGUAGUCAAUGGUGCUACAAUCAUCGCCGUUUUGGCGCCUCUGCCAGGCAGUGCCACCAAUCCUGCGGCUACAGGUCUUCAGCUUCUGCGGCAGCCCAUGUGGGAAAUUGACGCCGCUGUCGUCGGAGCAGGUGGUAGACGACAGCACUACUGCACCUGUCGGAAAAAGACUCCACGUCUCGCUCCAGCUGAACUGCGCCUGUUCGCCGCAAACUCCACAGCUAUCAGCACAUACGGACAAGAGCCGCUGACUCUCAACCUAGGACUUCGUCGUGCCUUCAGGUGGUCCUUCAUCAUUGCAGACGUGUCUUCAGCAAUUUUAGGAGCAGAUUUCUUGGCCCACUACGGACUGGUCAUUGAUCUUUCUCGGCGGAGCUUGGUAGAUUCGCAUACCAGCCUCAUUACACAAGGUGCGAUUCGCAAUGCUGCCACAGUCAGCAUCUCGGCAGUCGGGCAGCACAACCUCGCAGACUCACCGCAGCGUGAUGCAUACGCCAGCCUUCUACAGCGCCAUGCUGCAGUCUUUACGCCAAGGCCUACCCCUUCAGCGUUUCGCUCUGACCGGACAGCGCACCACAUUAGGACCACAGGCCCUCCAGUGUUUGCGCGUCCAAGGAGACUCUCAGGCGAUCGCUUGGCAGCAGCCAAGGCGGACUUUGACCUACUGUUACACCUGGGUGUUGUGCAGCCAUCGCACAGCCAGUGGGCGAGUCCAAUUCACAUAGUGCCCAAGGACCAAGGUGGAUGGCGUACAACUGGGGACUACCGCCGCCUGAAUGCUCAGACAGUUUCAGACAGAUACCCAGUUCCUCGGAUUGACGAUAUUCUGCAGCGGAUGCAUGGAAAACGGGUUUUCUCGACGAUAGAUCUCGUCCGAGCCUAUCAUCAGAUUCCCAUAGCACCAGAAGAUGUGCCAAAAACUGCCGUUACGACACCUUUUGGCCUCUUCGAGUUUCUGGGCAUGCCGCCUGGACUUCGCAACGCCACGCAGACGUUCCAGCGCCACAUGGAUGGUCUGUUGCGUGGAAUAGACUUUGCAGCCUGCUAUAUAGACGACAUCAUAGUGUUUUCGAACAGCCAUGAAGAGCAUCUACAACAUCUAGCGGUCAUUCUAGAACUCCUGCAAGGCAGCGACUUGCCAGUCGACGCAGGAAAAUCCUUCUUCGCACAGGACUCCGUUCAGUACUUAGGUUACACAGUCUCACAGUCUGGACUCAAGCCGCCGCAAGACAAAGUAAGAGCUAUAGAGCAGUUUCCAAAGCCUGAAACUGUUACGGAACUUCACCGAUUCCUUGGAAUGACAAAUUAUUAUCGUCGAAUUCUGCCAAAUGCCGCCAAGAGACAAGCACUGCUCACAGCAUUCCUCAAGGAUGCAAGGAAGAAAAACAAACGCAAGAUUCUCUGGACACCGGAAUUUCCUGAACUUGUAAUAUGUUGUUAA